CUCCUGCGUCGCCGCCGUUGGCGUAUACGCAAAUUUUUCCGUGCAUAGUAACAUUCCUGUAUCUCUUGAGGAGUCUGUACGCUCAUAUUGGCUGUUAUCUUUGAAAUAUUGCUUACUGUCAUGGCCAUCCUUUUAUUUAGAAUUGGCGACGGAAUAGAAGCCAACGGCUCUUGCGUCCUAAAAAUAUGAUUGCCCUCGUUUCCUCCCAUAACGGACUGCCAAGGGAAAUACUGCAAAGGAUUGGUGCUGGCUGCUGUUGGGCUAUUAGCAUUGGUGCUAUAUCCCCAUUGGCUGCAAUGAGUAGGCAUAACAGCCUGGUAAGAGUGUCCACUAGUGCCUCGUUGCGGUAGGGUAUGAUAGGUUGGCUUGAAAUAAAUAUGUUUUGAAGAGGCCAGCGACUCUUCCGAUUGCGCCGUUGACUCUGACAUUUGUUUAAGGCUUUCUCGAUGUCUCUUGAGGUUUUCCAUGUCUACCUGGCUUGUCGAAAGAGCCUGCUCUCCAGAGCCAGAUGGAUUAUCAGACAUGUUUAUUGUGAUUGGCUGGGG